AUGAGUGCCCAGACUUGCCCGGCAGACAAGGGCCUGAAUCCGGGGCUGAUGUGCCAGGAAAGUUAUGCCUGCAGUGGGGCUGAUGAGGCGGUCUUUGAGUGUGAUGAGUGCUGUAGUCUGCAGUGUCUCCGCUGCGAGGAGGAGCUCCAUCGGCAGGAGCGCCUGCGAAACCACGAGCGGAUAAGACUCAAACCUGGCCAUGUCCCUUACUGCGACCCCUGCAAGGGUCCCAAUGGGCAUUCACCAGGUGUGAGGCAGAGGGCAGCCGUGAGGUGCCAGACCUGUAAAAUCAACUUGUGCCUGGAGUGCCAGAAGAGGACUCAUUCUGGGGGUAACAAAAGGAGACACCCCGUUACUGUGUACCAUGUCGCUAAGGUCCAGGGGUUACUGGAGGAAGAAGAGCUGGAUGAGGAGACCAGGAGGAAGAAGAUGACCGAGAAGGUUGUGAGUUUCCUCCUAGUAGAUGAAAAUGAAGAAAUUCAGGUAACGAAUGAAGAAGACUUUAUUAGGAAAUUGGACUGCAAACCUGAUCAGCAUCUGAAGGUGGUUUCUAUUUUUGGAAAUACUGGUGAUGGAAAGUCUCAUACUCUCAACCAUACUUUCUUUUAUGGUCGCGAAGUCUUCAAAACGUCCCCUGCCCAGGAGUCCUGCACCGUGGGAGUGUGGGCAGCCUAUGACCCAGUCCACAAAGUAGCAGUGAUAGACACAGAAGGGCUCUUGGGGGCUACGGUGAAUCUCAGCCAGAGAACACGACUGCUGCUUAAGGUCCUGGCCAUCUCAGACCUCGUCAUCUAUCGAACUCACGCAGACCGGCUGCAUAAUGACCUCUUCAAGUUCCUUGGGGAUGCCUCUGAAGCUUAUCUCAAACACUUCACGAAGGAGCUCAAGGCUACCACUGCCCGCUGUGGCCUGGAUGUCCCCUUGUCCACCCUGGGCCCUGCUGUUAUCAUUUUCCAUGAGACUGUGCACACUCAGCUGCUGGGCUCUGAUCACCCCUCCGAGGUGCCAGAAAAGCUCAUCCAGGACCGGUUCCGGAAGCUGGGCCGCUUCCCUGAAGCCUUCAGUUCCAUUCACUACAAGGGAACGAGGACUUACAACCCUCCCACGGACUUCUCUGGGCUCCGGCGUGCUCUGGAGCAGCAGCUAGAGAACAACACUACCCGUUCUCCCCGGCACCCGGGGGUCAUCUUCAAAGCCCUGAAGGCAUUGAGUGACCGCUUCAGCGGUGAGAUCCCCGAUGACCAGAUGGCGCACAGCUCCUUUUUUCCAGAUGAAUACUUCACCUGCUCUUCCUUGUGCCUCAGCUGUGGGGCUGGAUGUAAGAACAGCAUGAACCAUGGGAAAGAAGGAGUCCCUCACGAAGCCAAGAGCCGCUGCAGAUACUCCCACCAGUACGACAACCGGGUUUAUACCUGCAAGGCCUGCUAUGAGAGAGGCAAGGAGGUCAGCGUAGUGCCCAAGACAUCCGCUUCCACUGACUCCCCCUGGAUGGGUCUCGCAAAAUAUGCCUGGUCUGGGUAUGUGAUCGAGUGUCCUAACUGCGGCGUGGUCUACCGUAGCCGGCAGUACUGGUUUGGGAACCAAGAUCCUGUGGAUACGGUGGUACGGACAGAGAUUGUGCACGUGUGGCCGGGGACCGAUGGAUUUCUGAAGGACAACAACAAUGCUGCCCAGCGCCUCUUAGAUGGGAUGAACUUUAUGGCUCAGUCAGUGUCUGAGCUUAGCCUUGGGCCCACCAAGGCUGUGACUUCCUGGCUGACAGACCAGAUCGCCCCUGCAUACUGGAGGCCCAACUCCCAGAUCCUGAGCUGCAACAAAUGUGCUACAUCCUUUAAAGAUAACGACACCAAGCAUCACUGCCGGGCCUGUGGGGAGGGCUUCUGUGACAGCUGUUCAUCCAAGACCCGGCCAGUGCCCGAGCGGGGCUGGGGCCCUGCGCCUGUGCGGGUGUGUGACAACUGCUAUGAAGCCAGGAAUGUCCAGUUAGAUGUUACCGAAGCACAGGCUGACGAUGAAGGCGGGACGUUGAUUGCUCGGAAGGUGGGCGAGGCCGUGCAGAGCACUUUGGGAGCUGUAGUGACAGCCAUUGACAUACCACUAGGUCUGGUGAAGGAUGCGGCCAGGCCGGCGUACUGGGUGCCUGACCACGAGAUCCUGCACUGCCACAGCUGCCGGAAGGAGUUCAGCAUCAAGCUUUCCAAGCACCACUGCCGGGCCUGCGGACAGGGCUUCUGUGAUGAGUGUUCCCAUGACCGCCGGGCUGUCCCCUCUCGAGGCUGGGACCAUCCUGUCCGAGUCUGCUUUAACUGCAAUAAAAAGCCCGGUGACCUUUAA